AAAAAAUUGUCUUGAUGUUGCCUAAGGAGUAAGGAUAAGGCAUCCAACAAGUAUUACCCACUUUCUCAGGCCCCCAACACACAGCUCUCUCUAUCUUCACUCUCUCAACAUGACUUCUUUCCUAGGAAACAACUCACUGCAUACAUUUCUCAGCUCUUCUAAGCUGCCAAACUCUCAAAACUCAAAAUGCUUAAGAUACAAAGUCACCUAUGCAUCACUUCCAGCAAGAGACAAAACCAUAGACUUUGGAAAAUACAAGGGCAGAAUGCUAGGAACACUGCCCUCAACUUACUUAAAAUGGGUGUCCAGCAACCUUAGAGCCAGGGACUUUGAAGAGUGGGCUCAACUAGCUGAUCAAGUCCUCGAAGACCCGGUUUAUAAAGACCGUAUGGAGUGGGAGUCAGCUCAAAAACUCCUCAACGGCGAUGUUUUGAAUGUUAACUCUAAGCCUGAAGGUGUGGUUGCUGAGCUGCUAGAGGUGAGCCAGAGGUUUGGAUGGGAUAAUGAAGAUAAAGUUGGGUGGAGUAAGAUUGAUUUUCAGCUGCUUGGGACUUCUAAAGGUGGGAGAAUACCAAGGGUGAAGGAGAAGCGAGGUGAGGAGUUGGCAAGCAUGAAGAGAGUUGAGGUUGAAGAGCGCGAAAGAUGGAGGGACGAGAGGAGUGAAGGUGGCAGUGGCAAGGUUGGAGUAAGAGAGCGGCGAGAUGAGAGAAGAGACAGGUUGAGAAUGAAGAGAGGGAUGCUCAACAUGAAUAAGAAUAACAGGUUUGGCAAUGCAGUUGAGGAAGAGAAUGAAGGGAAUAAGUAUAGGAGGAACAAAGAGAGUUCUGAUUCAAAUGGUGCAGACGUUUACAGUCCAUUUCCUGGAAGAGAGACGCUAUUAAAUAAGGUUCUCAAUCGGAGAAGGGUUGUGUAGUUAUUUUUACUUCAGUCUGUUGUAUCAUGUAUGGAUGUUCAAAGUUCAAAUGAUAAAUUUUGACUGAGACAA